UGGAAAAUAAGGGAAGCCUACAAAAACUCCUCCAUGAACGAGAAAUAUCCAAAGAGAUGUUGUUUGUUUGAUGUCGGUGCUUGCAAAGGCGUUCCGGGAGAAGGGGGACGGCGUCCAAGAGAUCGCCGAGGCGGUCAUCAGCCAGUCAAGGUUUCUCAAACUACAUGUUACUCAACAUAUCAUGCGUAUCAGGAUCAACGCAGAGGCUGAGACUUCCGAGAAACUUCUCCAGCAGACAAACGAGGUGACGGUAGUUUUGCAACAGAUUCUGCAGUGUAUGACAAGAAAGCAGGCCUCUGAGAUUCUGACACCCCUCGUUCUCAUCGGGGAUGUGCACAGGGAUAUGGAAUCAAAGGAGAUACCAGUCCCAGAUUCGGCUAAAGAAGCCCUUCAGGUAUGCUUCAAGAAACAGAAGGAUCUGGCAGAAUCUGCUUCUGCAAAAGGUGUUCCGAAGAACGCAGCGAAGAAAGGAAGGUCUAAGGAUGCCCCACUGACAGAGUUUCCCUGCUCGGGAGAAAUAAAAGAUGAAUCACCUCCUGAAUUAGUUUCUGCUCCAGCUGAAAAGUGCAAGUUCGAGACCACUGAAUCAUACAUCAAGACACAGUUCCAGUUGUUGAGAGAAAUUAUUGCAGAGCCCAUCCGUCAGAGUGUGUCAAAGUAUCACCGUCUUCGUGCUAAAAAUAAGAAGUUGACUGAAGGACACUUGAAUGAAUUACCAGUCUAUCAGUAUGUGAACGUGAAAAGCAUCAUCAGCUCAAAGAAGGGUGACGUUGGUUUGGUAUACCGUAUGCAGUUUGACGCCCAAAAUUUCAAACCUGAUCACUGGGAAUCAAAUACUCACUUAGCUGAAGGCUCUCUUCUCUGCUUGUCGUUUGAUCAAUUCAACACUCUUAUCUAUGGAAUAGUUCAUGAGCGGCAGUCAAGUGCGCUUAGGAAAGGUUUCGUCGAUCUUCGUUUUCCACGGGCAGAUGAUGUUGCAGUGCUCUUGACCACUCACAAUUUCCUCAUGAUUGACUGCAAGCGAACCACAGAGGGUGUCCUAGAUGUCCUGUCAACACUUACACACGUGACUGAAGUUACCAUGCCCUUUCGGCAACAUCUUAUCGACAUGAAUAGCUCUGGUGAAGAGGCUAUAUUCUGUAGAGAAGAACAGGAAUGCUCCUAUGAUCUCAGUUCCUUAGUGUCAGAUGAUGCCCAACACAAAGCAGGAAAGGCACUUGCAAUCAAUGUACCGCUCACAGAUUUCAAACGCUGGCCCAGUGAAGAUUCUGUGAUUCUGGAUGCUGAUCAACUUCGAGCUGUGAAAUCUGCCCUGACUCAAGAACUGACUGUUAUCUCAGGUGGACCAGGCACUGGAAAAACAUACAUCGGCCAAGCGAUUGUCAAGGUUCUUCUGCAAAAUCGACACAAAUGGGGUGUCAAUUUGGCGGACAGAGCUCUUGGUCGUACCGAUAUUGAUAGCGGGCCUAUACUCAUACUUGCUCCUGAUACAGUCAGUCUUGAUCACUUCUUGAAAGGAAUAGAUGAUAAAGGGAUCGUCAGGAUAGAUCAACAGAAUGGAGGAAAGAAGGGAGCAUCAGCAACGAGAAGUGAACAUGGUGGAUCAGAUCCAGAGGGAGCCCAGAAGAGGCUUUCAAACAUUCAAGCCAACAUUGUCUCUUCAAGGAGGAGUAUCAUUAGUGUUGAAUCUCUGAAACAAGUCAUGGAUGCAUCACAUGCUGAUGUUAUCUCACAGAAAGGGGGUAUCGCAGCAUGGAUCAUGCCUGACUCUAAUCAGAAAGCACUGAAACGCGCCAAUGUUGGAUUAGGUCCUCAAGAGGUAGGGGAUGGAUGGGUGGAAGAUCCAUUUCACAUGGAUUACGACCCAAGCAAGAAGGACACAUCAGACGGAAGUGGGCUGUCUCAAAAGGACCUAAUCUCUCGUAUUCGCCAAACAGAUCGCAUGAAGAAAGAGCAGGAGGAAGCUGUUAAAGACCCCUGGACUUUGAAGAAUGACCAGCGCUGGCGACUCUACAGAUUCUGGUUAAGAGACUUCUGGAAUACUGCUACUCGACGCAUACGUCUAAUAUCUAAGGAGUUAGAAGACACAGUUCAACGGGAGAGAGUAAUAUCUGAGAAAUCAGAAUACAUGGCAUAUCAGAAUGCUUCUGUUCUUGGAGUGACCUCUUCUUCUGCAAUUGGGCAUCAUCGUAUUCUGAGGUAUGUGCAACCAAGAAUAAUGAUAGUUGUCCAAGCUGCAGAAGUUAUGGAGUCUGUCUUGAUUUCAUCAUUGUCUCAAAACUGUCGACAGCUGAUCAUGAUCGGGUAUGACAAGGCCAUCUUAGAGCAGAAUUCUGCCGUGUCAGCUCUGGCAAGAACAGGUGAUGUGGAGCUAUCCUCCUUCCUACGUCUCAUUGAACGGAAGUAUGCCGUUACAAGACUCACGAGGCAACAUCGUAUGGCACCAGCUAUCUCCAGGUUCAUCAAAUUUGACAACACAGACCUUGAAGAUCUUCUUGACGUGACAAGGCAUGAUGAAGUGCAAGGAAUUCCCCGUCGAGUGUACUUCAUGAACCACGGAUUGCCACGUUUCAAUGCAAGUUCACAUGAGUUGGAGUUUCUCUCUACUCUCUGUCUAUACCUAUUGAAGCAAGGACACUUGGGAAGUGAGAUUACCAUUCUCUCAAAUUCUGUUGGACAGCGUGAUCGCUUCAAGAAAAUUAAUGGAUUGUCCAAGAUCAGUGUCGAACUUCUAAAUGAUUUUCUCGGAGAGAAUGACAUCAUACUCUUGGCCGCUUUCCAAAUGGAAGAUUCCGUUGGAAGUCUAAAACCACAAGACCGCUUGAUGAAGGCUCUAUCAAUGGCAAAGAAAGGUUUCUAUGCUGUUGGCAACUUCGAUUCACUAGGUAAACAGUGUGAUCAAGUACUUCAUGUCCUGGAGGAAGCCAAGCGUCUGGAAGCGUUGGGCAGUGAACUACCAUUGACUUGUCGCUAUCAUGAGAACCAACAUGAUGUCGCUACUAAAGCUAAAGAUAUCCGGAAGCGGAUUGAUACUGGUGGAUGCGGUCUUCAGUGUACGGCACGUUUAAGAUGUGGCCACAGCUGUAAGCUACCAUGCCAUGUACAUGACAACAAGCAGUUAGGUGACUAUCGAUGUGAGCAGCAAUGCCGAAAGCCCAUAUGCCCUGCUGGACAUAAAUGCACCAAGAAGUGUUUCGAGAAAUGUGACAAAAAGUGCAACAAUACAUCAGAGAGGACAUUGCAGUGCGGUCAUAAACAGGUGGCUGAUUGUUCCCUGGCCGUCGGUAAAAUCAAGUGUCGGAGUCCCUGUGAGAAGAAGCUCAUUUGCGACCAUCCCUGUCGCAAUGCUUGUGGGGAGCCUUGUGCUACUCAGUGUCUGGAAAUGGUGAAGAGGGAGUGGCCAUGUAACCAUGCUGUGGAGGUAGGCUGCUCGGACACCGAGGAUACAUGUCCCUAUCCGUGUCAAGAAGAACUCAAAUGUGGCCAUCGCUGCGGUGGAACAUGUGGCAGCUGCAUGCGAGGCCGCCUACAUAUCAUCUGUGAAGAGCCAUGUGGGCGGAUCUUAGUCUGCGGGCACCAGUGCAAGAGCAGAUGCUCCACCGCCUGUCCACCUUGCACAGAGAACUGCCAGAACAAGUGCAAGCACAGCCGAUGCACGGAUCCCUGUGGUGAAACCUGCAUCCCGUGCCAGGAGCAUUGUGAAUGGCAGUGUCCUCACCAGGUAUGCCGACGGGCAUGCUGCCAGCCAUGUGAUCGGGAGCCUUGUAAACAACCAUGCAAGAAAGAACUGCAGUGUGGCCAUGAGUGCAUUGGUCUCUGCGGGGAACCUUGCCCUAAGAAAUGCAGAGUCUGUCAUAUGCAGGAAGUCACAGAACUGUUCUUUGGAAAUGAAGAUGAACCUGAUGCUAGAUUCGUGGAGCUGGAAGACUGUCGUCAUGUGAUUGAGGUGCAAGGAUUGGACAAAUGGAUGAUGCCCUCAAGUGCUGAAACCGAUUCAGAGACUGUGAAGCUCAAGGGAUGUCCAAAAUGCAGCACGCCAAUCCGUAAAAAUCUCCGCUACGGAAACGUGAUCAAACGCACCCUUGCCGACAUCGAGGCAGUCAAGAAGCAAAUGAUGGGCAGCAAGGAUGAGAUCAAGGAGAAAAAACGUCUUCUGAAGAAGAAGAUCGGCAAGCUGGAAAAAAUCGAAAUCAAUGGUCUUUCGGAAGACAUCAUCAGAAAUUUCCGGGAAAAUAUCAACGACUGUCAUCAUCUCCAGACGUUGGUCUCCCGACUGAACCGAUGCAACUUCAUUCAGGAAGUCAUCAAUAUGCAGUCGCAGGUAGCUGGUCUUCGACAGGUCCUAGAGGGAUCAGUAUUCGGUACGAAGACACACAAGUCAUAUCAAGAUAUCCUUGAAUAUCGGUGUGAGCCAUUAGCAGAUCGUCUAGGUAGGAUGAAAGAGGCGCUAUCCACUGGAGACCUGGGUCGUUUUGCUGAGCAGCAGAUGAAUGAUACCCUGGCAGAGGUGGUCCGUUUGAUCCUGGAGUGCGAUGCCGCCGAUCUCCUCGUCAACAACCUAGCCUGGUGGGACAAGAACACCUCGCACCAAAGUCUCCUUAUCGAGUUUGAAAGCCUUCUUUCCGACCAGAAACCGCUGACACCCGACCAGGAGAUCGAGGUGAAAGGGGUCUUGAGGCGUAUCAACGAGGCUCUGGGGAAUUCGCAGGAUACGGUACUGGCCAUCAGCGACAGGGAGCGACUGCAGGUAGUCCAUGCAGUUGGUCUUAGCCAAGGCCAUUGGUUCAAGUGCAAAGAGGGACAUGUCUAUGCCAUCGGUGAGUGUGGCGGUGCCAUGGAGCACGCGCGAUGCCCCGAAUGUGGUUCUGUCAUUGGUGGACAGCGCCAUCGACUGACCGAUGAAAACCAACUAGCUGGAGAGAUGGAUCGAGCCAAAAAUGCUGCUUGGUCUAGGGAAGGGCAGCAGUAAGAUCUCGAAGAAAGCUGGUUCAUAUGAAAUAAACCGAAAGUUCUCAUUCCUGACACUUACUCUUAUAUUAGAUGUGAAUGGUUUAUUCGACUUUCGUAAGUCAAAGUUUACACGUACUAUAUUUGAUAACUCAGAAGUUAUCGUUUGAAAGUUUUAUGUUAUUAUGAUAUUUCCUGUGAUACUUACUAAUAGUAAUUGUACAUUCCUGAUGAGUUGCAAUAGCCAUUAAAUGUAUUUCACGAGACGAUCUUGAUAUCAGCAUUUGAAGCAAUAGCUAGUGCGUAGUUUGCUUAGGAGCUAUAUUUAGCGCCAAUAAUAAUUUUGAGCUAUUUGCAUUCCUCUCAUCUGCAUCUCCUGAUGGGACCGUUGUUCAUUUACUUGACAUUUUAUCUUGAGGUCAAUGGUUCGAAUCCCUAUUAGAUGCGUAUGCCAUUAAACAAGGCAUUUUGCCGACAUUGGCCCAGGUAUUAACAAGGGAGCCUAGUUGAAGUCGAUCCUUCAAAUGCAUUCUGCAUGGAUUGAACACUUUGGAAGAUAUAUUGCAGGUUAACUCCAUAUCAUAAUGUGACUUGCGCUGUACAAACAGAAUAAUAUCAAUUUAAUUUUUAUUUUCUACAAGGAAUUUAUGGUCGUCGUUGGGACGCCAUUUAAUAUACUUCGGACGAAAAACUAAGCGGCUUCCAUGUGUAUAUAUUAUGUGAUAUAUCGUCAUGUCUCUUAAAAAAAAGACUAGUAUUGUAUUUCCAAUUUAUAAUGUUUGAUGAAAGAUGAUGACGUCAGUAUUAGAAUGAGAUAAUUAAUUUGCUAAACAAUGUCUACAGGUGCUGAUUUAGAUGUUUCUAUUGCCAUAUUUUUAGGAAAGAGGUAGCAUUUUCUAGCAACUUGAUGCGAGCGUGUUCAUAUAUGUUAGAACAGAGGUGAUGUUCACUUAGUGCAAGAAUGAUAUCGUAUGGAUGUUCUUGUCAUUCAACACUAGUAUUAUAUUUCACAUUUCCAGUGUUUGAAGAAAGAGGAUAAAUUGAGAAUUAACCUCUAAUUAGAUUAUAUGAGUUUGCUAAACAUUGUCAUGAUUGUAGUGUCACCAUGCAGGUAGUUGUUCGGGUACUGUUUGUCUGUUUGAUUGCCACGUCGUGGGGCAGUCGCUAUUCCCUUGCCACCUGGUGCAAGCGGAAAGUGUUUCAUAUACAUUUUAGAACAGUGAUAAUAUCCACUUGAAACGCUGUGAGAGAGUGAAAUCAUAUAUAUACACCUGUAUAGAUUUGUCGAUUGUGUUUGAAGGUCAAACGGACAUCGAUGAGGAAUAUGAUCAUGAGAAUCGUUGGCUGCAAAGUCGUUCUCUACUUUUGUUAAUGAUGCAAGCAUAAACGAUUAUUAUUGUCUACUGAAGAUAGUAACGAAGUAUAAUGUAUGAACUGUAUUGUUCACAAAAAAAAUGUAACAUAGAUGUAAGAGGUGCGUAGAUUUGUUGUUUUAUAUUGUUCCAAUAUUCAUGUGUUUAUUCAUCUAAGAUGUUUAACGUUCACGUAUGACCCAUUGUAGGGUGUGGUUAUUUUUCAGGUUGAAUCUUUCUGACGUGGGUCUUCUUUUCACAAGAACAUAAAAUGAAUGGUUUAGAAAAACCAGACCGCCAAUAGACCGAAAAAAAUAUUACAUCACCACAAAUGACCAAGAAUCGGUUGGGUUUCAAUCACUUUGGAAGUUUGGAAGUGUGCACCGAGUUCUUUAGAUACAGAUGAUAUACGUUUGCUCGGUUGCUCCAAUACUGACGUGGGUGAAAUUAUAAUUAUACUAUGUUCGCGGGCAUGACAAGUGGUGUCAUCUUAUAGGUCUUUGAAGCUAGAGUAGAUGCCCAUUGAGUUUUAUCCACUUUGGACCAUUAACGGUUGUUUCGAAGAGAGAAGAUGGGUUUUCAUGGAACAUCAACUCUUGCCGUAGCUUCAAUAUUAUGGAGGGACCUACAUUUAGUAUUAAAAAAAACAUUCCGUACAAUUACUGUAACUAUUACUGCAAAUAUGGUAUAUACUAUAUAUUGGUGCAAAUGUAGUAUCUUCUAUUUACCUGCAAAUGUAGUACAUGUACCGGUAUUUACUACUGUUCAAAGCAUAGUAUCUACUAUUGCUGCAAACAUAAGAUAACUUGUGAUAGCAUAUGGUAGAUAUAAAAUCUCGAUUACAAUAUACAUGUAUCACACAUCGGUGGGGAAGAAACUUGUGAUUUACCUAAAGGGUAUCACAACGGAGGCGAAAAACAAAAUUACCGGCUUCAUGUUGCAAUACAUGAAGUAUAGCUGAACUUGUCAUAUUAUACAUUGGUUGGAUGACAUUAUGGAAUCCUAAAUCUGUUUAGUAUUUGAAGUUCUUUCGCUUGAUUGGUCGUUUAACAAAACACGGGAAACAGGCGACCAAUCAGAUCAUCGCUAACAUUUGCGUGACGUGGGAGCACUGGGGUGUAUUGGUGAAGACCCUUGACUGUCAUACGUGAGGUCCUGGGUUCGAUGCCUACACGGUGCUUUCAUCCUUGGACAAGGUGUUCGGCACCCACAUUUUCCCUUUUCGACCUAGGUAACCGGUCGUACCUGGCAAUUCUGCUGGGGAAUGCUGGUUGCAGGGGCCUCAAGGUGGAAACGGUAUUAUUACUGAUGAGGCUUUCCUUUGUAAAUAAGACUUGAUUCAGUUGACUCGGCAUAAGAAAUGUUGUAGUAUAUAUUGAUGUAACCUUGGACUAGGUGUAAUUGCAUGCCCUCAUGUUUACCCUUCUCGACGAAGGUAAUGGGUGUACCUGGCAAUGCUAGGGAAUGCUGGUUGCAGGGGCCUCAAUGGGAAACAGGAUUGAUGAGGCCUCCUGUGUAAAUAAGAAUGUCAUAUGAUUAAGGUGACUCGGUAGAAGAGAUAUUGUAGUAUAUUGAUGUAAUCUUCCGUUUGGAUGUCUUGGACGCCAAAAUGGAGAUGAUUCUAUAGCCAAUGAUACCGACCAGGAACAAUUGCUUCGAAAACCACGUGACGAGAAGGAGACAGAGAAUGGUCUUUUGGGGAUGAGGUCACGGAUUUCAGUUUGGAAAUACAAAUAUCUCAUUCAUGGCAUAGUGUUUCAGACAUUAGAGUGAUGUCUGCAUGGUACUGCUACAGAGAGGAGUAUAGUUUCCUCUCAAUCGAGUUACUUACUCUUGAUUUAGCCCUUGGUUCAUUUUUUUAACACUAUUUCAUUGUCUGUAUAAUCACUGAAUUAUCAUAAGGGAUGGGUAGCUGCAUGCAAAAUUGAAAGAAAAAGUUGUAUUG